AUGCCUAGUAAAGCAAAGAUUGCGAAUAAUAAAGAAAAUGACUCAAACAAAGCAGAGGAGAGCAGUAGUUCAUCCUCUGCUAGAUCCUCUCCAAGGCAAAAAUCUGCAACCCACACCACAACCCCAUUCAUCGAUGGCAUUAUACAGAGCGAUAUUCCUGUCACGGAUUACAUCUCCAUUUUUGAAACCACUGAUCUCCAUCAUGCACCUCCUACAUUGCUCAACGAUGAACAAGGAGACUAUCCUCCGAUUCAAUGCUUUGAGGAUGCAAAAUAUAUUUGCAUUUUGGAGUCUUCCAAAUUAUGGUCUAUUGCAGCUCCGAUAGCGUUUAACAUCCUGUGCAAUUACGGAGUUAAUUCGUUUACAAAUAUCUUCGUGGGUCAUAUCGGAGAUAUUGAGCUAUCUGCAGUUGCAAUUUCUCUAUCGGUCAUCGCAAACUUCUCGUUUGGCUUCUUGUUUGGUAUGGGAAGCGCAUUGGAGACAUUAUGUGGUCAAGCAUUUGGAGCAGGGCAAAUAUAUUUACUUGGAGUAUAUAUGCAACGGUCAUGGAUAAUCUUAUUUGUUGCUUGUUUCUUUCUAUUGCCGCUUUAUGUAUAUGCAACUCCAAUUCUAAAGCUACUUGGAAUAGAAACAGAUAUUGCAGAACUUGCAGGCCGAUUUACAAUUCAAGUUAUACCUCAAAUGUUUUCUCUAGCCGUAAAUUUCCCUACGCAAAAAUUCUUGCAGUCGCAAAGCAAAGUUGGAGUUUUAGCUUGGAUUGGUUUUGCAGCUUUAAUUAUACAUAUUGGAAUUCUUUAUCUCUUCAUUAUUGUAUUCGAAUGGGGUUUGGCUGGUGCUGCUGCGGCUUAUGAUAUGUCUGCUUGGGGUAUUGCUUUGGCUCAGGUGGUUUAUGUUGUUGGUUGGUGUAAGGAUGGGUGGAGAGGACUUUCUUGGUUAGCUUUUAAGGAUAUUUGGGGGUUUGUUAGACUUUCUAUAGCUUCAGCUGUUAUGAUUUGUCUAGAGAUUUGGUAUUUUAUGACUAUAAUUGUUCUUACUGGGCACCUUGAAGAUCCUGUUAUUGCUGUUGGCUCACUUUCUAUCUGCAUGAACAUCAAUGGCUGGGAAGGCAUGCUGUUUAUUGGAAUCAAUGCUGCAAUAAGCGUUCGAGUCUCUAAUGAGCUUGGAUCAGCACAUCCUAGAGCUGCAAAAUAUUCAGUUGUUGUGACGUGCAUCGAGUCGCUGCUUAUAGGAGUUUUCUUUGCAAGCAUUAUUCUAUUAACUAAAGAUGAUUUCUCCAUCAUUUUUACUGAUAGCUUAGAGAUGAGGAAAGCAGUGGCUAAUUUAGCAUACCUUCUGGGUAUAACAAUGAUAUUAAAUAGUGUUCAGCCAGUAAUAUCAGGUGUUGCUGUGGGAGGAGGCUGGCAAGCCUUGGUAGCUUAUAUAAAUUUGUUUUGUUAUUACAUAGUUGGACUUCCUCUUGGGUUUCUUCUUGGUUAUAAAACAAGUUUACAUGUACAGGGAAUUUGGAUGGGCAUGAUUUUUGGAACUUCCCUCCAGACACUAAUCCUAAUUUACAUUAUCUGUAAAACCAACUGGAGCAAGGAGGUUGAAGAGGCAUCUGAAAGAAUGAAAAGAUGGAGUGCACAGGAUGAUGAUCCAUUACCCACUACUGAUACAAAUUAAGUUCCAACUUAAAUCUCUUCUCUGCAUGUAUUUAACCAUUGAUUCCUUGGGCAGAUUUUAUUCAAACAUGUUACUUCUGGCACACAUCCAAUCAAAGUCUAAUUAGAGUGUAAAUUCUCAUUACCCUUUUUUGUUUUUCCAUUUUACCAUUUCCUUAUUGAGUAAAAUUCAGUUCUAGAAUGUUACAUUUUGAAUCAUAAAUCAUAAAUCAUAUCAAUAUAAGUUUGUCCACAGUUUUUAAAAACGAGUUAAGUUUGUGGUUACUUUUAGGAUUUACAGGAAGUGGAGCGCUUUAAUGCAAAUACAUAAUGUUCAAACCGACGUCAAGAAUCUGAUAUGUAACCCC